GUAGUCUUUGCUUUAAGCUAGUCAAUAUGAGUUUCGUUAGAUCGGCUCAGUUGUGAAAUCGACUAACGUUAAAUGUGUCCAGAAUCAAAAUUUUAUAGCCGAAUAAAUAUAUUUGAAUAAGCGACGACUUCACAACAGAAGAGAACCAAACACAAUGCUCCGACAAAACAAGACAAAUGGACAAAAUAAGAUCCGCAACAUAAUGAAGCUCAAGAAUCGCGAAGUGUUCUUUAAUCUCUCCCCACUGACGCCCGAUUCCAAAACAAAGCUGUUAAACAAAGCUUAUUCGAAUAAAGCGAAAACUGAGGAAGAGAUGGUCAUAGAAGGCAUCAGGGCCAGAAUGAUGGAAUUCUUAAGGGCGAACAAAUCGAAUAAUGAAAGGCCUAAUUUGAUAGAGCAGCCAAAGAUCAGAAUGCUACCAACCUUAAAGCAGCCGACGCCCGCUGAGCACAACUCGAACACCUCUUUAAAGACCAAACUUGACCAGGCAACAAAAAGUGGCAAACCUUCCCCAAAACAUGUAGCGCAACUAUUACCAACUCGCCGAAAAGUGGAAGCCAAGGUUCAACCAAAUACAUGGAAUCCCUAUCUUGAGAGUGACGCCAACAGGUUCAUCAGCCCGGCUCGAAGACCUCCUCCAGUAGAGGCCAAGCAGGCGCCUCAAGUCAAACUAACUGGCAUCGUGCAUGCCCAGCCGAGCCUGAGGUCAUCUUUCCUAUGCUAUUUCGAUGUGCCCGGCGAGGAGUCGUCCGAUAGCUUUUACGACAUAGAGAGUUCUAGUCGUCGAUUUUAAAGCGUCUACAACAUUCGGUUCAAUCCGUUUUCAAACUCUGACUUUUUACUGAUCGACAUUUCUUUCGCCACACG